AUGGCCAAGGUCUUUGACGCGGCUGAAGUGGCCAAGCACAACACCUCAGAGAGCUGUUGGGUUAUCCUUUACGGAAAGGUCUACGACGUGACCGAGUUUCUGCCAUCUCACCCAGGCGGUAAGAAGAUUAUCUUGAAGCUCGCUGGAAAGGACGCCACCGAAGAAUAUGAUCCCGUUCACCCGCCUGGCACCCUCGAGGAGAACCUCAAGCCCGAACACGUUCUCGGUGAAGUCAACCCCGAAACACUCUCACAAUCUCAAUCGACCGGCGAAAAGGGCGUUACACAAUCUAGCGAAGACCAACCUCUACCAUUGGCAUCGCUUAUGAACCUCGAUGAGAUCGAGCAAGAAGCAACGAAGCGCAUUUCCAAAAAGGCAUGGGCAUACUAUUUUUCUGCCGCAGAUGAUCUGUUCUCGAAGAGCUACAACAACCAUGUUUUCAAGAAUAUUCUCAUCCGACCACGCGUCUUUGUCGACUGCACAGCUUGCGACACCUCAACAACAUUGAUCGGCAACAAAGUCGGACUACCAAUCUUUGUCUCUCCAGCCGCAAUGGCUCGAUUGGCUCACCCUGACGGCGAGCAAGGUAUCGCUAAAGCAUGCGCUCGGUUUGGCGCCAUGCAAAUCGUAUCUAAUAACGCCUCCAUGACUCCCGAGCAGAUUAUUGAGGGCGCGAAGCCGGGCCAGACCUUUGGGUGGCAACUCUAUGUUCAGAAUCAGCGAGACAAGAGUGAGGCCAUGCUGAAGCGCAUCAACUCUAUGCGAGGUUAUUACAAGUUUAUUUGCUUGACGCUAGAUGCGCCUGUUCCAGGAAAGCGUGAACUGGAUGAGAAGCAAAACUUUGACUACUCUGAGCCCAGUCCCGCCAGCGGCGAGAGCAAGCCCGGUGCUGGAGGUGUCGGUCAGCAGCUUUUCUUUGGCACUGCUGCUGACUUGACGUGGAAGACGACCCUUCCGUGGUUGGCGGCCCAUACUGAUCUGCCCAUCGUACUUAAGGGUCUCCAAACCCAUGAAGAUGCUUUCCUAGCAGCCAAGUAUGCUCCUCAGGUGAAAGCCAUCAUCUUGUCCAACCAUGGUGGCCGCGCCGCCGACACGGCUCCUCCGGCCAUGCAUACAUUGCUCGAGAUCCGCAAGUACUGCCCUGAGAUCAUGAGCAAGGUUCAAAUAUGGAUCGACGGAGGCAUCAAGCGAGGAACAGACGUUGUCAAGGCGUUGUGCCUGGGCGCCAGCGGUGUUGGCAUUGGACGUGCUGCGCUUUUCGGGCUGGGUGCUGGUGGCCAAGCCGGUGUCGAGCGAACACUUGAGAUUCUCGAGGCAGAAACAGCCACGUGUAUGCGACUACUCGGUGCCAAGAACAUCUCGGAACUUGGCCCUAGAUUUGUGAAUGCUCGACAGGUGGAACGGGAUAUCUACGAUGGAGAUUCCGGGUUGGAUCGUCAAGGUUUGUGGACAAAGUCUAAGCUUUGA